CUACUGACCGUGGUGGUGAUCUUCAGGAUCCUCAUUGUGGCCAUUGUAGGGGAGACGGUGUACGAUGACGAGCAAACUAUGUUUGUCUGUAACACGCUGCAGCCAGGCUGCAACCAGGCUUGUUACGACCAGGCUUUCCCUAUUUCUCAUAUAAGGUACUGGGUGUUCCAGAUCAUCAUGGUGUGCACGCCCAGCCUUUGCUUUAUAACGUACUCUGUUCACCAGUCUGCUAAGCAGAGGGAGCGGAGGUACUCCACUGUCUUCCUCGCCUUGGAGAGGGACCAGGAUUCAAUGAAGCGUGAGGACAGUAAGAAAAUCAAGAACACAAUUGUCAAUGGGGUGCUGCAGAAUACUGAGAACUCCACCAAAGAGGCAGAACCAGACUGCUUAGAAGUGAAGGAAAUCCCUAAUCCUGCCAUCAGAACUACAAAGUCAAAGAUGAGGAGGCAAGAAGGCAUUUCUCGAUUUUAUAUCAUCCAAGUGGUCUUUCGAAAUGCCCUAGAGAUUGGAUUCUUAGUGGGACAAUAUUUUCUGUAUGGAUUCAAUGUCCCUUCCAUGUAUGAAUGUGACAGAUACCCUUGCAUUAAAGAAGUAGAGUGCUAUGUCUCUAGACCCACUGAGAAGACUGUAUUCUUGGUAUUCAUGUUUGCUGUCAGUGGGAUUUGUGUGGUGCUCAAUUUGGCAGAACUGAACCACUUGGGCUGGAGAAAGAUCAAAAUGGCAGUGAGAGGAGUACAGGCAAAAAGGAAAUCCAUAUACGAAAUCAGAAAUAAGGAUCUGCCAAGAAUGAGCAUGCCUAACUUUGGCAGGACUCAGUCAAGUGACUCAGCUUAUGUGUGAGGCUGUGACAGAAUUGAAGUAUUGUGCCAGGUGGAACAGACUCAGACACCAUUAGGGAAAGGUACAUUGCUUAGGCAAGCAUUUUAUCAAACCACCAAGAAAGCCAUUAAGGUAUUGGAUCUGCACUUACUGAACUAACUGCAAAAUGCAGUGCUAUGUA